AUGGAGGGCUUGCUCGAUUUCUCGAGGGAGUUCGAUGUAUCCCUGCUGGAUAAAGUCGUCAUGGCAUUUUACACCGGCUCUGGCCAGGAACAACAAAUGGCUCAACACGUGCUUACACAGUUUGAAGAACAUCCCGAUGCAUGGACCAGGGUUCCUGACGUUUUGGAGAGAUCCUCGUUUCCGCAGUCCAAGUACAUCGGCUUGCAAAUUCUAGAAAAGCUCAUUGUGACGCGAUGGAAAACACUACCAGAGGGACAGAGAUUAGGAAUCCGUAAUUUCGUUGUUGGAGUCACCGUCAAGGUGGCAUCUGACGAGACUACCAUGCGGAAAGAGAAGACAUACAUCAACAAACUGAACCUCGCUCUCGUCCAAAUUCUGAAACAGGAGUGGCCACACAACUGGCCGACUUUCAUUACUGAACUCGUGGAGUCCUCAAAAACCAAUCUUUCCUUGUGCGAGAACAAUAUGGUCAUAUUGCGAUUGCUUUCAGAAGAAGUCUUUGAUUUCUCUGCUGAGCAGAUGACGCAAACCAAAAUCAAGAAUCUCAAGAAUCAGAUGUGCGGCGAAUUCAGCGAGAUCUUCAAGCUCUGUUCAGAAGUCUUGGAAGAGGCUCAGAAGUCAAGUUUGAUCAAGGCAACUCUUGAAACAUUGCUGCGUUUCUUGAAUUGGAUACCUCUGGGAUAUAUAUUCGAGACCAUGAUAAUCGAUACACUUCUGAAUCGCUUCCUGGAAGCUCCCGACUUCAGGAAUGUGACGCUCAAAUGUCUAGCAGAGAUUGCAGGAUUGAACGUGGGCCCAGAAUACGAUCCCAAAUUUGUCAUUUUGUUCGCCAUGGUCAUGACCUCCGUCAACCGCAUGAUUCCUCCUUCCACCAACAUUGCUGCGGCAUAUUCUUCAGCAUCAGACGCCGGUCAGGAGCUCGUUCUUAACCUGGCCCUCUUCCUUUCCAAUUUCUUGUCCACCCAUUUGCGCGCUGUUGAGACCGAGGCGAACCGUGAUGUUCUGUUAAAUGCACAUCUUUACAUGGUCAAGAUCUCCCAAGUCGACGAGCGCGAGAUUUUCAAGAUCACUCUUGAGUACUGGUCGAAACUCGUGGCAGAACUCUACGACGAGAUCCAAGCUCUCCCUAUCGGCGAGAGCGGACUACUCAUGGGCUUGAGCCUCGGGAGCAGCGGUGGAAACAUGCUUAACGGCAUGUCUCUGAGGAAGAACAUCUACAGCGACGUCUUGAGUAAUUUGAGACUUGUUGUCAUCGAGCGGAUGGUCAAGCCAGAGGAGGUGCUAAUUGUCGAAAAUGACGAGGGUGAAAUCGUUCGUGAAUUCAUGAAGGAAUCGGAUACAAUCGUCCUCUAUAAGCAGAUGCGGGAGUUGCUGGUCUAUCUUACGCAUCUUGACGUUGUGGACACCGAAAAUAUACUGACAGAAAAGCUUGCAAAGCAAGUCGAUGGUUCGGAAUGGAGUUGGCAGAACUUGAACACGCUCUGCUGGGCCAUAGGAAGCAUAUCAGGAGCUAUGAGCAAACCUGAAAAACGCUUCCUUGUUACCGUCAUCAAGGAUCUAUUGGGAUUGUGCGAAAUCAAACGAGGCAAAGACAAUAAAGCUGUCGUCGCCUCAGAUAUCAUGUACAUUGUCGGCCAGUAUCCGCGCUUCUUGAAGGCACAUUGGAAAUUUCUGAAGACAGUCGUCAAUAAAUUGUUCGAGUUCAUGCACGAGACCCAUGAAGGUGUUCAAGACAUGGCAUGCGACACGUUCAUCAAGAUUGCUCAGAAGUGUAGGAGGCAUUUUGUCAUGCAACAAUCGGGAGAACAGGAGCCAUUCGUAGACGAAAUAUUGCGGCUACUCCAUCGUAUCACUGUCGACCUGUCGCCUCAGCAGGUACACACCUUCUACGAGGCGGUCGGUUACAUGAUUUCCGCGCAGCCCAAUAAACCUCAGCAGGAGAAGCUCAUUGCUAAGCUGAUGGAACUACCGAAUAACGCUUGGGAUUCACUCAUGGCUCAAGCGGCGCAGAAUAUGGAUGUCCUAAGCAACCUUGAUAAUAUCAAGAUUUUAUCCAAUGUCCUCAAAACGAACGUGUCUGCUUGUACAUCUAUCGGCAGCUUCUACCUGCCUCAGGUGGGACGGGUCUUUUUAGAUAUGCUGGGUCUCUAUAAGGCGGUCAGUGGCAUUAUCAGCGAGACGGUAGCUCGGGAAGGCACCAUCGCCACUAAGACGCCAAAGAUACGGCAGUUGCGCACAGUUAAGAAAGAGAUCUUGAAACUGAUGGAGACGUAUAUCAAGAAGGCUGAGGAUCUUGAAGCCGUGAAUACGAAUUUCAUGCCCCCACUACUGGACGCGAUUCUUGGUGACUACAACCGCAAUGUGCCGACUGCACGAGAUGCUGAGGUGUUGAACGUAAUGGCCACAAUUACAAGUCGUCUCGGGCCUUUGUUAACUCCCCAAGUCCCUGCCAUUCUUGACGCAGUCUUCGAGCCUACAUUGACCAUGAUCAACCAAGACUUCUCUGAGUUCCCAGAACAUCGCGUUGGGUUCUUCAAGCUCCUCCGAGCAAUUAACCUUAAUUGUUUCCCUGCUCUGCUUGGCAUCCCACCGCCACAGUUCAAGUUGUUUAUGGACAGUAUAAUCUGGGCAAUUAAACAUACGAUGCGCGACAUUGCUGACACCGGACUCAACUUGUGCCUUGAGGUGGUCAACAAUUUUGCAGGCGCAGAGACUGCCGUCAGCAACGCAUUUUUCCAACAGUACUUCCUGAGUAUUGUGCAAGAUAUAUUCUUUGUACUCACGGACACGGACCACAAGAGUGGUUUCAAACUUCAAAGUCUUCUGCUCGCACGCAUGUUCCAGCUGGUUGAGACGAACCAGAUCCAGGCACCCCUGUUUGAUCCUGCGCAGAUGGCAGAUCCUACCGUUUCAAAUUCCGUGUUCCUUAAGGAAUAUUGUGCCAAUCUAUUAAAGACAGCAUUCCCACAUGUGCAGAACUCGCAAGUUCAAGUCUUCGUCUCGGGUCUUGGCGAGUUCCACGGCGAUAUCAACCGCUUUAAGCUCGCUCUACGUGACUUCCUCAUCCAGCUUAAAGAGUUCUCCUCUGGCGAUAAUGCCGAGUUAUACUUGGAAGAAAAGGAAGCAGAAGCGCAGAUGAAGGCCCAAGCAGAACGAGAGAUGGCCAUGCGUAUUCCUGGCAUGCUCAAACCUUCGCAGCUCGAGGACAAAGACGAGGAUAUCUCAUGA